UUCCGCCAACAUGCAUCUCCUCAAAGUCCUCUCCGCCGCACCCUUGCUGCUUCAAGCAGCCUUUGCGUCUCCUACUCAACACGACGAGCGCUCUGCCUCCAUUUGCGGCUCCGUCGGAUACGAUCAAGGAAAAUUCCUGCUCAACAAGCCCGAAUGCACUAUUGCACAGUGCUCGGAUUUGUGCAAGAAGAACAUAAACUGCAAGAGCUAUGGCUAUGGCAAGAGGACAUGUCGACUCUACUCGAAAUGUUUGAAAGAUACCGUCAAGCCUAGCAAGGGAUCGCCGUACAGCUUUUACGACAGAGCUUGUCCUUGCCCGUCGGCGCACGCGUUCUACCACGCGGUCUACCACGGCGUCGUCGACCACGACAUUUACCACGGCAUCGUCGACCACGGCAUCUACUACGCCGUCGACCACGCCUUCUACUACGCCCCCGAUCACUACGACUCCAUCCACGACUCCCUCCACGACUGCGCCUACAACCAGCACGAUCGCACCCGCAGCUUCCCCGUUUCAAUGUACGGGACUUUACAACCAGCCGCGGUGCUGCAAGGCCGACUCUGGAACCUAUUACGAGUGUCAAGCACCUCUCCUAAAAACGCCUUCGUCCAAGGAUGCGCUGAUCAAAAUCUGUCCGCCGCUUGUUGUGUCGUUCCUAUCGCUGGACAAGCUGCUCUUUGUCAGGGUGUCAUGCCGGACACUCCUACAGCGACCUCGACUUCUACUACGGCUUCGACAACUGCUAGCACAACUACAGCAAGCACAACAGCUUCCAUUGCGGCACCCACAGCCACAAGCACCACUGCCAGUACCACAAAAUCCACUGCAGCUGCUGUACCUACCAGUGUACGACUUCGUCUGACCGCACUUGACGGGUCGGAUCUCGGCUAUGUUACGAACACAUUUUCCCUCUAUGGCCAUCGGCAAGCUACCAACGAUGUGUCACAAGCGCUUAUCGUCAGCUACGAUUCCGCAGCGGAUCCUCUCUCGCAAUUGGACCUCACCAAUAUGAACUCUGCUACUUACACGGAUCUGCCAUAUCUGUCUGGAAAUGUGGGCAGCGCAUCAAGUAACUUUGACAACCUUGGCCCAGGGAACAAUAACGGUGUAUUGAUCGGUGCCUCUCUCUCGACUCCGCCCGGCGAGCGCGCGAAACAAGUCGACAACUCGUAUGGACGAAGGCUGGGAGGUCCGAGGAACUGCGAGUCAGCAAUCUGGGAGAUCGACCCGACGAACAACGCUCUUCGACCCGUAUGGAUCAAUACCGACGGCUCGAAACCUACCGUCUUCGUCCUCCUGUUUGGUGGCGUACUGCUAUUCACAGGCGACGUGUCCAACUAUUUCGCAAGCAAUCCUACAGGUACCACAGCGCUCACCAUUGCGAUCGAGCCAAUCACUUAAUCCGCCAGUCAGAUGCUGGACUUGCUUGGGCCAAGGCCGCACCGUCGCCGCAAUGAAUUCUUUGCUCUUGCAGAAUGCAACAAUUUGAAUGCUCCGAUUUCUCUGCUUGAGAUGACUAUCCUAGCUAUUCAUCACGUAGCGUUAGACCAAGACUUACCCUUCUCCAUG